CACUGGGUGCUAUUUGCGAGAGCUGGAAGUGUCCUAUAAGCCUCAGUAGCCAUCUUUCCCCUUUGGAUUGAGCUGCAGAGGAUACCAAGGAGCAGCAAAACCCUUCCGGAGAUAAAGGAGCUUCUGCAAUGCCUACUCUCCUCCAGGCAUCCUUGGGCCUCUUCCUCUUCCUCUCCCUCCUGAGUUCCAGCUCUGCCUCUGAAGAUGACACCGUGCUGGUGACCAGCAGCGGCCCUAUCAGAGGCAAGCGAGUCCCGGUUGGCUCUGCCUCCGUCACUUCCUACCUUGGUAUCCCUUAUGCUGAACCCCCCCUAGGGAAGCUGCGCUUCCAAAAGCCCCUUCCCCACCAGCCAUGGAGCCAUGUCUUGGAGGUCACCAACUUUGGAAACGCUUGCUUCCAGAGGACCGAUUUUGACUGGCCUUUCAACAAAAUGUGGGUUGCCAACACGCCACAUUCAGAGGACUGUCUCUUUCUCAAUGUCUGGGUACCUCAUCCACAGCCCUCUGCAGCAGUUCCUGUCCUUGUCUGGAUCCACGGCGGGGGAUUUCUGGUUGGUGCCGGUUCCUUGGACUUGUACAACGGAGCAUUUUUAGCUGCUACUGAGAACAUCAUUGUGGUUUCCAUGAAUUAUCGGUUGGGGUUCUUCGGCUUUCUGUUCCUCCCGCCUGAAGUCCCAGGAAACAUGGGACUGUGGGACCAACAGCUAGCUCUGAAGUGGGUGAAGGAGAAUGCAGCUGUCUUUGGUGGGGACCCUGCUCAGCUGACCCUCUUUGGCCACAGUGCGGGAGCAGCCUCUGUGGGGUUUCAUCUCCUCUCACCCGCAAGCCAACCCCUUUUUGCCCGAGCUGUGGUGCAGAGCGGAGCUCCGAAUGCACCCUGGGCUUGGAAGGAUCCUGAGCAUUGCAAGUUGCGCUCCUUGAAAGCGAGUCAGCUGCUGGACUGUGGCAAUCGGAAUCACAGUGUGGCGGUGAGCUGCCUACAGGAGAAGGAAGUGGAUAGGGGAAUGUUCCAACUUUUGAUGCAUCGCUUCUACCCCACCACAGACGGGGACUUCCUUCCAGAUGAGCCAAAGAAACUUCUGCAGAGUGGGCUCCUUCAGGCAAAACCACUGCUCAUAGGCAUCACCGGUGAGGAUGGGUCUGUCUUUGCACUAAGCGGUCUUUCCGCUCGCAUAGAAGAUGACGGAAUGCCAACUUGGGAGCAGCUCUUGGAGGGAACAAUGACAUUGGUGGAAAGGCCUUUUGAAGGAGAUGUUGCCAAGACUAUAGCACUGAAGUAUGCGGAAGAUGGCCAUGGGCCAGAAAAGUAUCGCUGGGCCAUGGUCCAACUGUGCAGAGAUUAUUAUUUUUUGUGCCCAUUGGCUGAAGCUGCUGCAAAGAUGGCAGCAGGUGGGAGUCCUGUCUACACCUACUCCUUCAACCAUCACAUCUCUGGCUCCAUUUGGCAGGAGUGGAUGGGAGCUGCCCAUGGAGUUGAGGUGCCUUACCUGUUCGGAACUCUGCCGUCGCUACAGAGGGCAAACCAAACCAACACGGAAGCUGACGCCCCUUUGAGCCUCAAGAUGAUGCGCUAUUGGGCGGAGUUUGCUAGAAGCGGGAAUCCCACUGGGUCCUUGCCCAAUGAGGUGCAAUGGCCGCUCUACAAUGCCACAGAGGAGAACUUCUUCCACAUCAGCGCAGGGCCAUCCGAGAUCAGGAAGCUGUCUCCUGCCCACCACUGCGAUUUCCUGGCAGCCCAUAUAUUCAACUCAACACUCCCAAAAAAAGUCCAAGAAGACUCUGCUGCACCCAUUUUGGAGAAAGAUAUGAAGAACGAGACCAGAAUUUAGCAAAAAAAGGCAGAAUGCAAAAAUAGCUUACAUCAAGCGCGAACGGAACUGAGAUGGGGAAGACAUGCCUAGAAACACUCACUUUGUAGGAUUGCUGCCCAUUUGCAAAUAUAAUUGUUUGCUUUACAUUGUGAGAUGAUGCUGAAUGAGAAAUGGAACUUAAUGAACAAGAUAAGCCAUUGGGACCAUCGUUUUAGAAUGGUGGUCCCAUUUUCCUCCACCACAUUCAUAUGUUAAUUAUGAGGGGGGGGGGAUGACCUAUCCAGCAGCUAUGAAUGAUAGCGGCUUCUUUUCAAUAACUUUUGCUUUAUUCUGCAAGCAGCAGGUUAUUUGGCAGCCUGAAUUCACUUCCUGAAUUUUGCAAAGCCUCAUAUAUUGAGGAGCUGUGCCUUGGAGCUAAAGGAUAAUUAGUUUCGUAUUGUUACUAUGUUACUAUGUAACAUCAGGGAAGGAAGCUAACUCCAACCCGGUGCUGUCCCUCCCUCCUUGCAUAGCAUGAGCACUAUAAUCUGGGUAGAAUGUAUUCGAAUCUGUGGGUAUCUGCAGAACAUACAGGGAGCUGAAAGAGGAAGUUGGAAGAAUGACACUCUUUCUCACUUCCUCUUUCAUCUCUAUGUGCUUUUCAAGACUCAGAUUAAUUAUGCUGGAUCCACUUAGAUCCAUGGGGUCUACAUGACUUAUAAGACUGGUAAUUCCACAAUGGGUUUUCUUCUCCCAUGCCCCAGAAUUAUUGCCAUUCAUGGUGUCCCCUCGGCCAGAGCAGGGACAGGGAAAUGUACAUCUCUGUGAAAUCAGGAUGAGAGGCAAGCUGAUGUAGACAUCAUGGGGAAUGGUUGAUGCCAAGCGAAGUCUAGAAGCAUUUUGCCAGCAUUAGCAUUGUUUUCCUGAAAAUUUCAGGUCCCAAUUAAUUAAUGUAUUGGUUAUUCAAGCACAAGUUCUGCCCAUGUUGCGUUCUCACCUUGUGGUUUGGUGGAUCUUCUCUCCUGUUCUUUCCCUACCUUUUGAUCUGUUCUCCUCCCACACAUCAAUUCUGUUGGCCGUGGGAAUGCUUAUCAAAUGCUCCUGAGACAACUACAGUGGUACCUCGGGUUACAGAUGCUUCAGGUUACAGACACUUCCGGUUACAGACUCCGCUAACCUGGAAAUAGUACCUCGGGUUAAGAACUUUGCUUCAGGAUGAGAACAGAAAUUAGCUAAAAUGGUUAAGAACGGUUUCAGGUUAAGAACGGACCUCCAGAAUUAAUUAAGUUCUUAACCCGAGGUACCACUGUACUGAAAUCUCCCAGAAGCCAGUUAUUCUCACCCACCACUAGAACAGAACGCUCAGUUGCUCCGAUAUGAAGGGUGCUCAGCUGGCCAGAACAAUUUGGGUUUAUUUCAAAGUCAGGGCAUGUAAGGUACACAUGCAGCUUCCAAAUGCUUGAACUGCAGAGAUCUGGGGGCGGCUCAGAAGUGCAGCUUCUUACAUGCCAUUCCAAGGCUCCUCUCCUACAUCAAGAACAAACCUCUCCGAGGUGCCUCAAAUGAAACUGAGGUCACACAAAAGAUUAUGGAUUGCACUGGUUAAAACUUUGUGUAUUUCUAGCUGACAGGCAGCAUUAAGCACAUGUGAUGUGUAAAUAAAAAUUCUCUUCGACACACUGUUCUUAUCUGUUUAUUUAUUGAGAAAUAUCUUAUAAACCACUUAAUGAAAGAGCUCUCUAAGUGGUGCACAUAAUGAAACUGUAGAUCAGUGUUUCCCAAACUCGAGUCUCUAGCUUUUUUUGGACUACAACUCCCACCACCCCUAGCUAGCAGAACCAGUGAGCAGGGAUGAUGGGAACUGCAGUUCAAAAACAGCUGGAGACCCAAGUUUGGGAAUCACUGCUGUAGAGAAAACACAGCCCAAAUCCACAGGGCUGUCAUUAAAAGCGCCGGGGUGUGUGUGUGUCGUUAAAACACAUGCUAGCCUCAGCAAAAUUUUGAAAUCCAGUGUAGGUAUCUAAACUAUAUGUCUGAGCAGACUUGAAAAAACCAUAAUGAUAGAUGCAUUUUUAUCGUUGUAAUACACUGCUAAGAUUCUAAGGGAAGAGCCAUAGCUCAGUGGUGAAACAUCUGCAUUGCAUGCAGAAGGUCCCAAUCUUAACCUCCAGCAUCUACAGACAGGAAACGCUCCUUGCCUGAAACCUCAGAGACCCACCACCAUAAAG